GGUUCUGUUGUUUUCGUGAGGAUAGAUCUGUUGUUUAGUUAAUCGACGAACCAGAACGCGUUAGAGAUCGAUUAUUUAUUAGGUUUGGUAGCUCUUUGCUGCUUUUCCGAUCGAGUCGCCAAGAAAGGAGCGACUUGAUCCUUUCUGAUAUAGAUCGCUUGAAAAAUUAGGUCGAAAGGGAUGCCGCUGCAGAAAGAAUCCGACGGACGCCAACAGUCUUUGGAUGUAAUCUCGUCGCAUUUAAUCGGGAGGAGCAGCUUCAGUAUAAACUUAAAAGGCCUCAGAAUAAGCCAUUCUCGACCGAGUGUUUGUGUAAGAUACUUGAGCUCAAGUUCACAUUAAUUGCUCCGUUCUUACGCGAAGAUAGCAGCGUAAUAAGCAGCUAGUUAGCACGGCUAGCGUUAGCAGGUCAACAACAAAGCGCGUCGUUGAUCCUCGGCGGCCUCCGCGUCUCCAAAGAGGUCGAGUCCGGGACGGAGCAGUCGACUUGCUCGGAGUUUGGACCCACCAUUGUCUGCCUGCUGACAAUAUUUUCGAGACAGCCAUGAAACUGUUGGAAAACUCCAGCUUUGAAGCCCUCAGCUCCAGACUGUGUGUUGAAACAGGAGAGUCUCGCAUCCUUGGCAGGAUCGAGAGCUACUCCUGUAAGAUGGCAGGAGACGACAAACACAUGUUCAAGCAGUUCUGCCAGGAGGGGGAGCCCCAUGUGCUGGAGGCCCUUUCUCCCCCUCAGUCCACCGGCACCACCAGCCCCUCGCAGCUGGGGAAGAGCAGUGAGGAUGGGGAGAACCCUCUGAGUGAUAAAGUUUGCAGAAAGACUCUGUUCUACCUUAUCACCACACUCAACGAAUCCUUCAGACCGGACUAUGACUUCAGCGCCGCUCGGGCCCACGAGUUCAGCAGAGAGCCCAGCCUUAACUGGGUGGCAAAUGCAGUGAACAGCAGCAUGUUCUCAGCAGUAGGGGAGGAUUUUAACUCCCUGCGACCCGAGCUGUGGAGCGCCAUCGACCAGGAGAUUAACCUGCAGAGCUGUGACAUAUACAGCUACAACCCAGAUCUGGACUCGGACCCUUUUGGUGAAGAAGGAAGCCUGUGGUCCUUUAACUACUUCUUUUACAACAAAAAGCUGAAGAGGAUUGUGUUCUUCACGUGUCGCUCUGUCAGCGUCCUGAGCGGUUACGGCCGCGGUUGCCUCGACAACGAGCUGGACAUGGAGCUGGAGGAUGAGGAGGAAAUGGACGGCUUUACAGAGGAAGGGUGCCCCAGACCUUUGUGUGUGUAACUCCUGACCAUGACUCCUUCAGAACAUCUGUUUUUUAACCUUGUUUUUGUAUUUUCUGUGGGAUUUUACUGCCUCAUCCAAAGUCAUUUUCUCUCUCUCUCUAAACUACUGCAUGUUACUUCCUUCUUUUUGUUGAGCUGCCGGGAGGUGGACGUUUUAUUAAUAAUAAAAAAAAAAAAAAGGACGCCCCAAGGCUUCAUCGAGCUCCUUGAUUCAUUUUCCCACGAUGUGAUUUUUCAACUCGGCUCCAAACGGAACAUAUUGUCUUCUCUAUGUUUUAUCAAGGACAGCUUAUUAUGAGCGUGCGAAUCAAGGUGGAUUUAUGGCAGAGAAUUGUGAAAGAGACUGCCGGAGAGUUUGGUGACAAAGAGAGAAGUUCAGAUAACGCCAGCAGGAGUGAGACAUUUGUUUUAGUCCAACCUGGGACGGAGCUGAGUCCAUGCAAGGCCUG